AUGUCUGUCCUCACAAUUAAUGGAAACCGACUGAACCCCACGGCACAACGUCCGUUACUCAGUGCUUUGGGGCUCCAGUCGGAGGAUGUAUCAAUCUCAAAUCAUAUCCUGGUCCAGACCAACGAGCCCCUUUCCGAUGUGCAGGAACUUGAACUUGAGGGAUUAGGAGUCAAGAUCCUGGAGUAUGUCUCUGCGAACACCUAUCUCUGUGAGUUGAAGAAACGAGAUCAACUUUCAAACAUCAAAGACCUUGGGUAUGUCUCUUGGAUGAACGAUUACUUGGAUCAUUUCGUCGUUGAAUCGAGUUUGAAAUCUUCCGCCCAUGCUGCAGAGGAGUCUCUAUUUCCAGCCGUGCCCAAAAAUCGUACCUCUCAUCUCGUGGACAUCGGCCUCCAUAAGUAUGUGGAUCCCGAAGCACCGGGCCUUCGAAGAGCAAUCGGAGCUGCUGUACAUGCAGAUCCGGCCGAUUUGGAAGUGGCAGGGAAUAAGAUCCGGGUUAAUGUCGAAAACCAAUACCUGGAUGAUCUUGCUGCCAUCGACGAAGUGCGGGUCAUUGAACCAGUUUAUAAGGCGCGACUGUUCAACACUCGGGCAACAGCCAUCAUGGGGGCUCCUGUCCAAGUCAAUGGCUGUGACUUUGAAGGUGAAGGGCAGUUCGUAGCAGUGGCCGAUACUGGAUUUGAUAAGGGCUCGAAACGGGAUGUUCACCCUGCUUUUACCGGCCGAGUCAGUCGUCUUUACGCCCUGGGACGUCCCAGGAAGGCCUGUGAUCCCGACGGCCAUGGUACUCAUGUCUGUGGAUCGGUUCUUGGGGAUGGGAAUUCUGUGGCGAUGGGUGGGGAUAUCCGCGGCACCGCACCGCAAGCCAAGCUUGUGCUGCAAUCUCUUCUUGACCGUCACAAUGGACUUGGCGGAAUUCCAUCUAAUUUAUACGAUCUUUUCUCGCCGCCGUACAGGGACGAUAAAGCUAAAGCAGAUGAUCAAGCUCAAGCGCGUAUCCAUACGAACUCAUGGGGUACCAAAUCCUUCGAUGGUACCCAGCUGCCAUAUAACCAGUCCAGUGAAGCCAUUGAUCAGUUUGUCUGGGAUCACAAAGAUAUGGUGAUUCUUUUCGCCGCCGGUAAUAGUGGAGUCGACGCAGAUCGAAACGGAGUCAUUGACCCCCGCCAGAUUGGGGCGGAAGGGGCCGCCAAAAACUGCAUCACGGUGGGAGCGAGUGAGAAUGAACGCCCGGAGGUUCCGAUUCGAUAUGGUUCUCGAUGGCCUCGAGGUCCCAUUACGGGAGAUCUGAUGGCGGAUCGACCGCAGGGAAUGGCAGCCUUCAGCAGCCGCGGUCCCACCAAGGAAGGGCGCAUCAAACCCGACAUUGUCGCGCCAGGAACAGCAAUUCUAUCGGCCCUGUCCAGGAAAGUGAUUAAGGCAGAGGAGGACUUUGGGCACAGCGAUGAUCCGGCCUGGUGGUUUCUGGCUGGGACCAGUAUGGCGACUCCUCUCGUUGCGGGUGGUGCUGCAGUGCUGCGGGAGUCUUUGAUGAAGAAUGGAACCCAGCAGCCCACCGCAGCCCUGAUCAAGGCAUUGCUAAUCAAUGGAGCGGUUGAACUGACUGGUCAGUAUGUCCCAAGUGAGGCCGGACCGUCCCCAAACAACAGCAGUGGCUUUGGGCGCGUGAAUCUGUCCAAAUCAGUGAUCCUCCCCAACCAGAACGACGGAGGCUUUGUUGAAGGAGGUCCCCUGGCCCAAGGCCAGAGCAGAGAGUUCGACGUCCCAAUCCCGCCGGGAGCGGAAAGUUCGACUAUCAAGGUAACUUUAGUUUGGACUGACCCCCCUGGUACCGAGCUCCAGAAUGAUUUGGAUCUGAGUGUGGUCGGUCCAGACGGCAGGGAAAGACACGGUAACAUGGGUGAUAGUCCUGAGUUUGACCGAAAGAACAAUGUCGAGCAAGUCGAGUGGAAAGGUCUGCAGCCCGGCACCAGCAUCAAGAUUAAAGUGCAUGCUUUCCAUAUCUUCCAACGCAAUCACAGCCAGCCCUAUGCAGUGGUUUGGACCAUCAACCGUCACUGACACAUGCCACAAAAGUCUCUUCCUUUCUCUUGUCGGGUUUAUUGAUCUUUGUAUUAUG